UUAUUUUCUAAGCAUAACAGCUUGUGUAAGGUUGUUCAUGCUAUACAUCCAAAAGGAGGCAUUUUUAUUUAAUAGCAAUGGGGUGCAACUUCCUUAAUAAGUGACGUAAAAGGAGUUGGGAUCAGCGCGCAUGCGCGGGAAAGCAGAGCAGCAGCCGCAGCACGGAUCAGUGCGCGAAACAACAGCAGACAUGGCAAGAGAUGGCGAGGGACGCGAGCACACCGACACCAUGCACUGCUGAAGGGACGGGGGCCUUAACAUUUAGAAAAAAUAUUAAAACUUUAUAAAACAUAGAAAAAAGGGAAAAAAUAGAAAAGAAAGCAAAGAAAAAUUACUCCAUAUAAGAACAGAACUUUUCCAAUGAGAGCACUUCUGUGGACACUGCUCCGCUAUAUCAGAUAGAUGAUUUGUCCACAAGCUUGCACGUAUAAUGAACGCCCAGCUGUCGAUGGAGAACAUUGGCGAUCUGCACGGAGUGAGCCAUGAACCGGUCCACAGCGCGGCGGAUCUCAUGACCGGAGACAGCGCUCAUCACAGGAGUCAUCGGAGCAGUCUGUCAGCCCAUGCGCGCUCCAUGGGCAUGGCUUCAAUCCUGGACAGCGGCGACUAUCAUCACCACCGGCCCCCGGAGCAUCCCGGGCUCGCCACGCACCUGCACCCGGCCAUGAGCAUGGCAUGCGAGGCUCCCCCCGGGAUGAGCAUGAGCAGCACCUAUACCACCCUCACUCCGCUGCAGCCUUUACCGCCCAUCUCCACCGUCUCCGACAAAUUUCCGCACCACCAUCAUCAUCACCACCACCACCAUCACCACCCGCACCAAAGGAUCCCGGGGAACGUCAGCGGGAGCUUCACCUUGAUGAGGGACGAUAGGGGUCUGGCUCCGAUGAACAACCUCUACUCUCCCUACCACAAGGAUGUUGCCAGUAUGGGACAGAGCCUUUCGCCCUUGUCUGGAUCCGGACUGAGCGGCAUUCACAACUCGCAGCAGGGGCUGCCGCCGUACGCGCACCCCGGGGCCACCAUGCCCGCCGAGAAGAUGCUUACACCCAACGGAUUCGAGGCACAUCACCCCGCGAUGUUGGCUCGACACGGGGAGCAGCACAUGAGCGCGUCUUCGGCGAGCAUGGUGCCGAUCAACGUCAUCCACCAUCACCCGCACGCCCAUCUCAACGCCCAGGGCCACGGACAGGUGCUGGGCUCCACUCGGGAGCAGAACCACUCCUCCGUUCCCGGAUCGCAGCUCAACAACGGUAGCAGUUCGGGUCAGAUGGAAGAGGUCAAUACCAAAGAAGUGGCCCAAAGGAUCACCACUGAACUCAAAAGAUACAGCAUUCCACAGGCCAUCUUCGCCCAGAGGGUGCUGUGUCGCUCGCAAGGGACGCUUUCGGACCUGCUCCGGAACCCUAAGCCCUGGAGCAAGCUCAAGUCUGGUCGGGAAACCUUCCGUAGGAUGUGGAAAUGGUUGCAGGAGCCUGAGUUUCAGAGAAUGUCCGCGCUCAGGCUCGCAGCGUGCAAACGAAAGGAGCAGGAGCACGGUAAAGGCGAGCGGGGAAACAUCUCCAAGAAGCCCCGGUUGGUCUUCACCGAUGUCCAGCGUCGGACUUUACAUGCAAUAUUCAAAGAGAACAAGCGUCCGUCCAAAGAGUUACAAAUCACCAUCUCUCAGCAGCUGGGCCUGGAGCUCGCCACCGUCAGCAACUUUUUCAUGAACGCGCGUCGACGGAGCCUCGAUAAGUGGCUGGACGACGGCAGCUCCAACUCGGCCAACUCCUCCUCCUCCAGCACUUGUACCAAAGCAUGAUGGAGUAACGGCUGCAUUGUGGGGAAAAAAAGAAAAAAAAAACUUCGGUGGAAAAGCUUUAAACAAAGAAAACUUAACAAAAGACAAUUUUAGACAGCGUUUGCCCUUAAAACUUGUACAGUACCGAUAUUUAUAAUAUCCAAAGAAAAACACCAAAGACUGCUUUGACCUGCAUUUAGGACUUUGUUCGUUUAGCCUAUGUCUGACAUUCUGCAAAAAAACAAAAAAAAAAAAGAAGAAGAAGAAAAGAACUUACACUCCAAUCACUGGUCGUUCCCCACUCUUCCCCAUAACCUGCGUCAAAAACAUUUCUUUUUCGUUAAUGUUCAUGUGAUUUUAAGAACUUUUUCUCAUCAAUGAUUGGUGAUUAUUUUUCAAAAAUGGAGUGAUUGUUAUUCACUCUGAUGUCCGAUUUUGUGACGUCACAUACUCACCUCUGUGUUUUUAGGUAUCCCAAAUCUAGCCAGGGAUGCCAAAUACAAUCAGGUGGUGUAGAAUCUUGACAGUUUUCCUGAAUGUCACCCUCAGGAUAGUGCUUUCUUCCUAAUUGCUGGAAAAGUCACAUAGGAACCCAAAAAUACAUGUGAACUUGCCAUCUCCACGACUUAUCGAUCAAUCAAUCACAGAUGGUAGAACCAAAGAAACACGUGUAUUUAAUUUAUUUAUCUAUUUAUUUAUUUAUUUAUUUGCUUUGCUUUAUCAGACCAAACUAUGUUGAUUACUCUUUAUCAAGACACCCAGUUACAGUUCAAAUCAGGUGACUAUGGACUGUGGGUUCUAUAGCCAUUCGACAUAUAAUUAGAUCUCUUCUUUGUCCCAAAACUAACUCAAUCAGUCAGACACAUGUCGGGACACAGCUUAUCUCGUCCUUCAGUCUUGUGAUUAUUUCAGGGAGAUUUUUGCUAGCUUUAACCUGCCUUUUUUACCUGUAUUUUUAAAUGCCAGUUGCUGAAAACCAAAGAUAAUGUUACACCAACCAGCACCUGUCAUUGUUUCAUAUACACAUCCAUCCAUAAAGCACAGCUACACGGGAGAUAUUAUUUAAAAAACUACUCAGCACAGUGUUUUGUCAUUUAGUAUAGUUAGCUUUGUCUGGAUCCUGUUAAUUAGUUUGAAAGUUAGGUUGUUUUGUGUUAUACAGACUUUCAUACAUCACUUCUUAACCCUAGAAUGUCAGUGUAAUGAGUGUGGCUGUCAGCAUGCUUUCAAAAACUCAAAACCCAUCUGCUGUCAUGUAUCAUAUCCCAUUAAGCUCACUUAGAUACUUUUUAAUUUCUUGAUAGAAGGCUAUUUCAUUGUCUAAUGCAUCAUUUUCAUGGCACCGACCAUCAACACCUCCGCAGUGUCCCCCAUUCAGGCCCAAUACCCUUGUAGAGAGAGGGAGCGCAUUCUAUGCAUUUCACAACUAGGAAGAAAGCAUUAUGGAGACCGAAGAAGGGUGAUGCGUUCGCUUCAUAUAACAGACUCACUCAAAACUCACAAGAUAUCUGGCCUUGUUGUCUCUUGUGGUGUGUUUUAGCUUUAAAAAAUAUAUUUGGUAUUUACGACUAUUACAACAUCGAAGCAUAUAUAAAAGAGCGCUGCUUCCUCAUGUAGAAAAGAAAAACAAAUGACCAAAAAAAAAACAUGUUAAGACCUGCUGAUAUUUAUAGUGUGAACCAAAGAUGCUACCUCAGUCCGUUUCCAUUCGUGAUUUCUAUCAAAGUAAUGAUACCAAAGAAUACCAAAGAUUUGUUCUCUUUGCACGGCCUAAAUGAAUGAUAUGGUGGAUGAAUAGAUGGUGUGUUUCCACUCCUUUCCUCUCCUCUCCUUCGCUCUAAUGCUCUCCUAUCACUCAUCCGUGCUCAUGUAACAGCGCCCUCGGCAGACAUGUGUUAAACUCACAGGACGAGUGCCUUGCUUGAACCAAAGUGUUAAACCGCCGUUGACCUCUCGACACCCACCUUUUAACUCUCGGAAUACCUCAGCCUGUGGAAGGGCCACUGAUGAAGAAAAAAGUGGAAUAUUUCUUCUCUCUCACCGUGGUGCUUUUGCCAGCGCAACCAUGCAAUGAAAACAUACCAAAGGAAUUUCUCUUGCUUUCUCCAACUCUUUGCUGACAUACCAAAGCUCCUUUUCACCGCCCUGCCAAAUCUGCCGCUUGCCCCGCCUCCCCCUCGUCACAUCACCAGUGGGUGUGUCCACCGAUUAGGCCGUGCACAUCUUUACCAAUAUCUGAAUACCUCAUAGUAAUAAAUUUUCACAGUUCUGUUGUAUAGAGAGUUUAUGUGAUUAAGACAGAACUGAACUAGUUUGGUAAAUCGUUGAUGUUACUUCGGGAAAAAAGCUUUAUGAGUAUUUAUUUUGAUGGUUUUGGCUAAAGUGCUCAGUUUUGGUCACCAAAGGGCAAGUUUCUGUGAUAGCAGACCGAAACUUGCAGGAAGGAAAAAAAGAAGCUUAUUUUUUAUUAAAGCCUUGUGUUAUUCCGAUACUUUAAGGAUGUUUGACUAUUCUUUUUUACAGGGUAAAACCAACUGCUGUGAUUCUGUGUCUAUUCGUUCACUUUCUUCUAUACUGUGUUGUGAUUUCCGUUUAUUUAAUUGCAUUUUUUUCUUUUUGUAUCGCUUAACCUCUGUUUUAAUUUAUGUAUUUGUAGAAAAUAUAGAUUUGUACAUAGUAGGUUUUUUGAAAAAAAAAAAAAAAAAAAAAACGUAACAAAAAAAAUGGACAUUCAUUUUUAUUUUACAGCCUUAUGUCUGAAGUGUAGAUAUAUCGAUGAAUUUCCACUCCUCUAUGUUUGUAUGUUAGAUGGCACUUUGGCCCAUGUACGAAUACACUGCCAGAGAUCCGAACGGUCACCCACAGAGACCCGCAGAGGACUGACCUCAUAGCGGCAACAACAAGCAGUGUGAUGUUUUGUUUUAUGUUUUUUUUUUUUAUUUAAAUGUCCAGAAUGAUUUGUCUUUGUAUUACUAAUCAUUGUUUUAUGGGUAUUGCUGCACAUCCAAAGAUUUUCUAACCAAACCAAAAAGUGGGAGGGAAGGGUGGGGAGGGGGAUAACGAAAGAAGUAGCGUAAUUUUUGCAUAAGCACUGGCGUUUGUGAGGUCAAUUGCUGUCUCCACGGGUAUGAACCAGUAGUGGUCAUAGAGGGACAAUGUAGACAAGCUUUAGUUCAAAUUACUGGGUGACAUAUACUGCUAAACAGUACAAUCUGUGGCUUAUGGGACUGAGGGCUACAAGUCCUGCUCACUUUGCUGUGUCAGACACUUGAGUGGGUGGAGCAUGGGCGGGGCAGCAGGUCUGCCAUGGGCGGGGGCCACGUCGCUGGGUUGUUUUUUUAUAUGACGUGGCACAGCCGCCUAGAUCCAUCUGAUGUUAACUUUGGUUGGAACAUGUGUACUGACAAUGAGCAAAGUCUAAUAAAUUUGAAAAGAAAACAGGAAUUGGUGUGUGCAUGUGUUGGGAAGGGUGAAAGUGUGAGUUUAAUGUUGUAUCUUGAAGCUGAUUGUAACUUCUGAUCCACUAGCAGUACCAAUCGGAAUUCUGGAAUGAGUUUCAAACACUCUUUCCAAAUUAACGAUUAAAUAAUUCCAAAUUACCAAAUUAGAGAUGCCUGCUUUAGGGAUAAACCAGCCUAAUCUCGCAAGAAAACGUAAGUAUUUUACGUUUUGUCAGUUUAGCGACGAAAUCGUACGAGUUUAGUUGUAUGAAAUUGUACAAUUUUAAAAAGGAGGUGUGGCAUCUAACCCCACCCCUAAACCCAACCGUCAUUGGAGGAUGAGCAAGUCGUUCUAAAUUGUAUGAAUUAGAUUGUACGAAUUCUUAGGAAUUAGCCACUAAAUCAAAAAGUUAUGAAUUGCUGUGAGAUUGUGUUGGAUAAACUGUACUUGGCCUUUCUCCUAAACUCUUUGGACACGAUCGAUGUCAAAAGAAGUAUCAGUGGUAGUCGUCAGACAAUCUGAUGGAUUAUAUUUGAUAAACAAUUAAUAAUUUGCAUAAAUUUGGCACAAUCCGAUUUGUCCAUUUGCAUAUGAUUUUCUCAUGCCCCAAAAGCCUUAUGUUUACUUUUAUAUUUAGGGGUAAAUCUUUUAUGUUUACUUCUUACUAAAAAUUGUACAUUUUUAUAUAAAUACAAUUGUACAAAUACGAACCUUCCAUUACAUUAUACACUAUAUUUACCUUUUCCUUUGAGACUAAGUUGCAUGAACCUCCAAAAAUGAGUUGGCAAAAAGUGUUAUGAUGAUAAUUCUUACUAAUUAUUACAAGUUAACUACUAAUUCCACAAAAAAUGUAAACUAGUGUUUUACAAAACAACAAGUGAGAUUGGGUUUGUACAAUCCUUACAAACUGAAAAAAUACAGAAAAUACAGCAAUUAUGUUUAAAAUUAUGUUUUAAUUAAAUAUCGUGAUGAUAUUUUAUUAAAAACAUUACUAUUUACGCUAUAUUGUUAGCACUUACAAGUUUUUACAAUGUUUUGUCAAUAUUUGUCUCAACGUAAUAUUUGUCUCUUAACGAAAAUGGUUAAGUUUUACUGUCUGUGAGACUCAUUUUGAAACCUCUACAAGUCAGUUUUAGGCAAAACAUUGCUAUAAUUUCACUUUUCAAUUUAUUUAUUUAUUUUUUUAAACUUUUACUUUGUGAGUAAACCCCUAAAAACUCACAGAUUUAGUACUGGUAUCAUUACUUCAACAAAAAAAAAAUUAAAUUUCUGUUUGAUGCUGCUAGUGGUUCAGGCUUCAUAUUUGAAAGUUCCCCUCAUUGGGGACUUGUGUGUGUGUCUGCUUUGGAAAGAAGGUACCACUUUAUGACAUUAUGAAAACCGAUGUUCGUUAACUUAGCAGGAUUGUAGAAAACGCAGGAUAGUCUCUCUGUGCUGUACAAUCAGAGUUGUUUCAUUCCGUGCUUUAGGUUUGUUGGCUAUAUGUUGCGUAACCUAUAAUAGAGAGAUGAUCCAGAUGCAGCAUUUAGGAUUUGUUUUAGUAUAACGAGUCAAGAGCCUCUCUGCCCAGAAUCCCUCCCACAACACAGUCAAAGAAGUGUUUGCCCACAGCAUCACAGCAGCUCUGCAUCAGAAUACUCACCCCCUUCUCCUCCCGAAACCCCUAUGCUCCGUCCCGACCCACCCCUCUAAAGUAGUGUCUAGCUUAGAUAGCUCGAUGUAUGUGAAUGUUGGGAUUGCUCUAAUCAUUAAUUCCUAUCCCAGUUGGUUGUCGUGGAAAAGGAGUUCCUAUUUGAUAGAAGGCUUGGCUCUGUGUGCCGUAUAAUACUGAGAGCGCCUAAGACAAUCAGCUGGAAAACAAAAAUCAUGUUUUUCAUUUUUUUAAAUAAUCCUUUUUUUUGUAGGUCCAAGAGGGACUACUUCCAGCGAUGAUUAUUAUAACGAAGAAGGAAGGUUUUGAUAAACUGAAAAAUAAACUUGCUGACAUUUUCUUUUUCGCAAAAAAUGUAGUGCUCGUUUCCAUUUCGAACAGUGCAUCUUGUAUCAAGCUGGUUCUGUUUUUUUACAUUUUUCUUUACUCUCAGCCUGUUUUCUCUCUGUAUGUUGUGUCUGUUUCAGUGGAGGAAUGCAGUAGGUAUUACUCUCAGGUUGUAAUGCGUCAUGCUUUUCAUUUGAAACUCUUAUCUAUCAAUUUUCUUUGUUUGUUUAUUUGUUUGUUUGUUUUUUUUCUUUCUUCUUUCCUGUUAGCUACUGUUCUCUAUGCCGUGCAAUAUCAUCUUCUGUGUUUGCUACGCAAGAAAAAAAAAAACAGAAAAAGAAAAAAAAAAGAUGCAAGUAAUGAUGUCACCAUGCUUUUUUCAGUGUUCAAAUGUUUCAGCAUUUCUGUAGUCACAAAAAUGUAGAAAAUAAAAAGGUUGGGUUUUCCAGCACAUUACAACCAGA